AUGAGCUUACACCUCCCUACAAGGCGGGCUCUUGCAGCCGCCUGUACCGCCCGCCCAAUAUCGUGCCAGCAACAGCUCCGCAGCUUCUUUGGCAAGAAAAACUUCCUGAGGAGGACUUCUUCUCCCGAAAAGACCACCGAGUUCACCAGCCAAUCCAUUCAAGACGCCCUGAAGAGACAGCAAGACAAAGAGGCCGCGGACAGGGCCAACGCGGUCACCAUCCAGCAGCGCCUCGGCCGCACAAAGCUAGGCAGUCAGUCCAUCUUCGACGAGAAGGACGAUGUCGAGGCCACAAACACCGCCGCCGAGGCCACCAGCAGCGGUCAGCAGUCCGCUCCAGACACCCGCAAGCCCGGGACGAUCCCGGGGCUCGUCAGGACGUACGAGGCCAUGUGCCGCAGCACGGAUCCGGACCCGCGAGGCGACAUGCGCUUUACGCGCAAGAUGGUGACGCGCUACGUGAGCCGGGCCCUGGACCCCGAAGGCCGCGAGACUAAGGCCGAGCGACUGGCACGCACCGAGCGGACCCUGACCUAUCGGGGCCCCGUCUGGCGCCUCGCCCCCAAGAAGCACGUCAAGCUGGCCCGCCAGAUCGCCGGCAGGACGGUCGACGACGCCAUGAUCCAGAUGCGCUUCUCCAAAAAGAAGUACGCCCGGGACAUUGGCAUCACGCUCGACGCCGCCAAGGACGAGGCCGCUGUUGUGGCCGGCAUGGGCAUCAAAGAGCCGGCGGAUGAGAAGUUCAAGCCCGAAAAGAUCCAGCUCAAGGACGGCAAGUGGGUCACCAUCACCGACCCCAACAAGCUGUACAUUGAGCAGGCCUGGGUCAACAACGGAAGAAAGGUCUUUGCCGGCUUUGUUUACCCAGCCAGGAGAGCUCAUAUCCCCAAGUGGUCAAUCCCGACCAACUUGAAUCUUGUCCUCAAGGAGCAAAGGACACUCAUCAGGGAGUACAAGGAGAGGAAGGCCAAGGAGGACGCGCGCAAGCCCUGGGUCCAUCUGCCCAACAGACCGGUAACGACCCAGAGGCAACACUACUCGUGGUAA